AUGAAAACCCUCAAAAACCACAUCAAAGGCAAUCUGAUUUACAAGUUUGCUAUGUGUAUUGCCGAAACACGCCCUAGUACUGGACAGUCGCUCUUCCCACUUGACCGGAUGCCAUCUGGCCUGGUGGAAUUCCAGAUAGAAUUCUUUUCUGCCACUAAUAUUAUGGGGGUGGGUUUAUUGUCAGAUGAAUUUACAAAUGUAUAGCUGGCACUAUACAAUUUCUCUAAUCAAGAAUCCAUGGUCAGGAGAAAUGUUGUGUUUAUGGCCUGUGGUACUUUGGUUGUUGCACAUAUGUACAAGUAUUUGCCUCUCAGCCUGUACUAAAUGAAUAACAGAAAAUUGUGAAAGUUUAUUAAUUAUGAUGCUGUAUAUGUUCUUGUAAUUUAGAUAUCAGUGCCAGAAGAUUACCAGAUCUGGUAUGAAACAAUGUGUGCCAAGUUCCCAUCCAGGCUAUGUAUAAUUGGUUUCAGAGCAUCAAUCUUGUCUAAGUUUUCAGUCAGACAAAGCCCUAAAAACCUUAAGUUCCUCCUCUGGUACAAAAUGGGAAAACCCUAUUUGCUAAAAAGCACCAUGUAAGACAUGCAAGGUCAAAAUUUGGUUCUUCUUUCAUUUACUACCGUGCAGUUCUCCAAGAGGCGUCUGUUUUGGUGGCCAUGGCGAUUAGAACAAUAAUUUGGGGACUAAACUUGUAGCAAAAGUCACCAAUUUGGCCACCUGUGUUCGGCCAUCAUGUGCAAAGUGGUCUUUUUCAAACAGUAUUUCACGUAUGGUUAUUGACAUAAGUAAGCAUCAACAAAACUUGAGCUUGGAGCACUGCAGUGUAUGUGAUUUUUAUCUCCUUGUUUUGUCCCCUUGUUUGAUUGCUUUUCUUGGGAUAAUGAUAUAUAAUGUAUUUUAAAAGAGAUGUAACGUUUGGAUUAUCAAGAUGUAUAAAUAUUAACGAAUAAUGCUUUGCUUACAAGGCCACACCCAAUGUUGCUGCACCCAGUAUUAGAACUGUCCAGAAGAACAAUGCUUUCCCUGCAUUCUAAGGCAAACCAGAAAUACAGGUAUUUAAUGCUACUACUUUGAAAAACAAAUAUUGUAGGUACUGAUGAAAUAUUUCUUUCAAAAUGUUGCCUGUCUCCAGUAGAAUUUUGGAAGGGUAGAUACAUUUUCAACUUUUUUUCACAUGUUUUAAGUGAAAUGUAAUAUUUAGUCUUUGAACGUGUCAUAAUAUCUGCUGUUCAGAUAUCCUAAACGAUAUCUCCUUCUUUAUUUGUCCUAUAGAUUGAGGCUCUGAAACAGUUAAAAGUUUCCAAUCCCAAGGGAAGAUUUUGGAUAAAGGUAGAUGCCCUCGACAUCAAGGUUGCUUUCCAAGACAGGGGCGGAUCCAGGAUUUUUUUAGGAGGGGGUGCACUCGUCUCUUGCUCUACUUCAACACCAAUAAACCACAUAGUUUUUUUUUGCAGAAUACCAGUUUUAUCAGAAAACCUCAGGUCAUCUCGGGGGGGGGGGGGGGCACCCCCCCUGCCCCCCCCCCCUAACUCACCCCCUGCAAGGGUCAGAAAAGGGGCAGUCCAAGGGCCCUUUCCAUUUUUUUUCUUUUCCCAAAUAGGCAAAUGGUAUGAAGGGCAGUAUUUUUUUUAACCUUACAGUUUUAUCAGAAAACCUCAGGUCAUCUCGGGGGGGGGGGGUGCACACCCCCUGCACCCCCCCCCUAGAUCACCCCCUCCAAGAGGCAUUAAAGGGUCAAUGCAAUGGCACUUUCCAUUUGUACUCUUUUCCCAAAUAGGACAUUGGUAUGAAGUGCAGUACUUUUAUCAACCUUAUCAGUUUUGACACAGACAUAAUGAUUGACUUCAAAUUUCCUUACACUCAGUCUUGC